CGAACUACCCCGCGAACUCAGGGUCACGUCCCCAGUCCCCACUUCCACAGAAGUAGAAUUCCUUCUCUCCGCCACCAAGCUUCGAUAAGAAAACCCUUGAACGGCGUUUCCCCCUUACCAGAAUCCCUGCAUACGAUACGAGAAAGAACACUCAGCUCAAUUCAUUCUCGCCGAAGAGCUUCAAGACAAAAAAUCGGCGGCUGUUUACGGCGCUAGUUGUUGCGGCCGGCUGAGAUUUUGCGUUGCCCGUUGCAUCUGCUAGGGCAAUGCAACCAUAUUCAUAAACCCCUGAUCGAUCAGUUGAUUCCGGUGUCAGUUUCUGUUCUUCCGUCGAGCUCUCCCUUUUCUUAUCCUAAUGCCGUACUGUUCGGCCUGUGCGAAGAAUACUGUCGGGAACCGGGAUUCCAAUGGUUUCUUAUCCUGUGAUGACUGUGGAAAAGUUUUGACCUUCGAUAAUUAUUCAACUGAGGCCACAUUUGUUAAAAAUUCCGCUGGACAGAGCCAAUUGGCAGGAAGACUAGUCAGAAGCAUUGACGACGAAAGCUUUUCAAGGCAAAGGUUGUUUGAUAGAGCUUUAGAUGAUUUGAUAAUGAUGAAGAACGGAUUAGGCAUGGGUGAAAAUCUCACCUUAGCUAACCAAGCUUUGGAUUUCUAUCGAAUAGCAGUUGAGCGGGGUUUUACCAGGGGCCGAAGAACUGAACAAGUACAAGCUGCAUGUCUUUAUAUUGCAUGCCGGGAAAACAGGAAGCCGUAUCUACUAAUUGACUUUUCAAACUACUUGCACAUAAAUGUUUAUGUGCUAGGUGCAGUCUUUUUGCAGCUCUGCCAAGUUUUGCACCUGACAGAGCAUCCCAUUUGUCAAAAAUUGCACGAUCCUUCCAUUUUCAUCCACAAAUAUACAGCCAGCUUGACAAAUGAUAAAAGUGAAAUCAAAGAAAUUUCCGAUACUGCCCUUGCCAUUAUUGCAAGCAUGAAUCGUGACUGGAUGCAGACAGGAAGAAGGCCCAGUGGGCUGUGGGGUGCUGCACUCUACAUUGCUGCUUAUGCUUAUGGUCAUAAACCUGCUUCUGACGACAUAUUAAGGUUGGUGCAUGUUUGUGGAGCAACACUUUCAAAGCGAUUGGUUGAAUUUGAGAAUACGGAAUCCAGCGCCUUGACGAUUGAUGAACUGAAUGCAAAGGCAGAGGAGCUCAUGGAGAGUCCCGUUGAACCAAGUUCUGGGAUGAAGGAAAGAGAGUUGCUUUGUAAGCACAAGGGGAUCAGCCAGCAUUAUGCUCAUGGACUUUGCAAAUCUUGUCAUUCAUUUGUCAUAGGAUUUGAUGGCGGAUCAGAUCCUCCAGCUUUCCAAAAGGCUGAGAGGCAAAGAAUGGAAAAGAUGGAGAAAGCUGAUGAUAGAAAUACGGAGGACCAAGACUUGUACAGAGAGGAGAUUACGCCAUUGGUUGAUCAAGGAACAGUUGGGAUAUCAACUGCUGACAUAGAUGAGGGUGGUAAUGAUGAGAGAUCGAAAGGGACAGAUGAUGAUGGAUCAGACAACUUCUCUGAUAUAGAUGAUGAUGAGGUGAACGAAUACCUUCACAGUGAAAGUGAGAAGCCAUUGAAAAAAGAAUUGUGGGAAGCAGCCAACUGGGAAUAUCUCGAGGAACAAGCUGCUAAAGAAGCAGAUGCAGCAGCUCUGAAGGAAGCUCAGGAGGCUAAUUUAGAGAAUUGUUCGCCCGAGGCCAGAGAACGUUAUGCUGCUGUUCUAGCAGCUAUGGAAAAAUCCAAAAAGGAAAAACAGAAAAAACGAGCUGCAGAUGCAAAGAACUCAACUCCUGCCCAAACUGCUGAAGAAGCAGUCCACAGAAUGUUCACUAAGAAGAGGCUCGGCUCAAAGAUCAACUUUACUGUGUUGGAUAUGCUCUUUGAAGAAACUGUAUGUAUUAUUUCCUUCAAGCUUUCUGUUAAUGCUCUUAAACAAUGCGAUAGAGAAUGCUAGUCUUUGUUCCAUCGAGCUUCAUAAUGGUUUCUCAGUAUUGCAGUAGUAGAUGGGGUGGGCAUGGUCCGUCCUGGUCUAUUAUGGUUCCACUUUGUGAUAGUAUCGGAUCAAAAUGAGAAAACUUUGGUUCAGCAACUUCUGAUCCAGUCGACUUUUCCCUUUAUUUUCUAGAGUAACCUUGGAAUUGCAGCCGAUUGGAAUUACAUGUGGUCUAGUCCGGCUUGAUCCCUAUGCCGAUUUGAUCAAAUGCGAUUCGAUAGAGUGUGAUGAGCAAAACCGUUUCCCACCGUAGCACUAGUACUCUAGUGCAAGAAUCUAAUCCAUCAAAUUCUUUCUUGUUCAUUCCCUGCAAGUAAUGGUUUUGUGUUUGACGUUUUUCCGGUGCAGAGUACGAACGGAGGAAAGAAACCAAGAAGUGAGUCUCAUUCGGACGAUGACGAGGAUGCGGUUCUACAUACAGCUAGAAAAGAUGACAAAUUAGGCGAGGAAGACGAUAUUGAUGAUUUAGGAAUGAUUGACGAAGAAGACGAUAAUAAUGGUUAUGAUUAUGAAGAAGAGUUGGAGCAUGAGCGUGAUGAUGGUUAUGAUGGUUUCUAAGCAGUACAAAAAAAUUGUCAUGGUUAUUUGCGUAGUAGGAUUUGGUUUGUGAUUUCAUUCUGUUAUGUAGACUGUAAACCUUUACUCCAGUCCACUGGAAAUUUGUAGGAGUCGGUCUUGUUUAAAGUAGAAACGAGUUAAACUUGGGAAAAGCCUGGAAUUCUAUCUACUUCUGCUGCAAAAGUGUUUCUUUGUAACUAGUUUUGAGCCCGCCCAUGGGUGAGUUUCAGU